AUGAGGCAUGUCCCUAAGAAAUUAACGGACUGUCCGGAGAAUCUCCGUGAGUCCAUAGACUGGUUGAUCCAGGUUAGGUAUGGGAAUGGUGGAGAUGGUCUUACCAAGUUGUCAAAAGCUUUGAAAAAGUUGAUUGAGGAAGCUAUAAAUAACGCUACUAAGUCCCUUACAACCGAAAAAUCUAAACUUGAAUGCCCCUUCAAAUACUCUGAUAAGGAGACUUACUGUCAGUACUACCAGAGACUGCAUGACGAGGCUGAGAAAAAAUUCAAAGAAUCCAAAAAAACCGUUGAAAAUAUCCCAGAUAAUCAUAGUAUUAACUUCUAUAAAACAUGUCUAGAAGAUUGUAAAAAUGCUCACAAAAAACAUCCUCCAUCUCCUGCCUUGAAGUCUGUUGAAGAGAAGAUUGUCCAGCUUGGUGAAUUGGCUGGUAAGCUUGGAGGAUUUGUUGGUGAGAGUGAGAGUGUUAAGAAAGCCGUUGUGAAAGCUAUUAAAGCUUGUUUCGACACUAAUCCACACCUUAAAAAAGACCUAAAUGAUGUUUACUCUUCUUAUGUUACUAAGCUUUCUGAGUCUGUCAAGUCUGAUGGCCAGGCUGAUGACAACCAGAAAAUUAGUGAGCUUAGUGAAGCAGUUAAGAAAGAAAUUACUCUAAUUACUCAACGUAUUAAUAGCCUUAAUAACCCUCUUAAUCCCUCUCCUUCUUCCCCCUCUGCCUCUGCUGAGUCAGCCAAAUUGCAGUCCAAGUUGGAGGCUUUGAAGAAAGUGGAGAAGCUUUGUGGAUUUUAUGAGAAUUCUAAUAAUCAACAAAAUGAGCCUAAAAAUCUCUUAGAUAAUUUAUGUGACGGCCUUCAGACUUUCCUCGGCUUCAACUCUGCUUCCAAAGGCUACGAUGGCAGUGGCAUUGUGUACUCUGACUUGGAUAGGCUGAGUGACGGGGUGAUGGCGUUUUUCUAUGGUGUUCUCAGUAACAUCAAAGAGCAUUUAGGGCAGCAUAAAAACAUUUUAGAUAAUGCAAUUAGCAUUCUUAACACCAAUAAACACCUUGGUAAAAAAGGUUUUAAUGCUGCGAUUGGACAGGUGGUUGAAGGGGUGCGGGGGUAUAAUGAUGCUGUCAUGAAGUCUAAUAAUAACGUUAAAAAUGUAGUCGAAGAAUUGUACAAUUACAUAAAAAAAGACGCAGCGUUUGAAAACGAAUUUGUUAAAAUUCAAGUUGAUAAUGUGACUGGGAAGCCAGAUGACGCUGAGGUAAGAAAGGCAGAGAACUUAGUGACUCAAUGCCUAAAAAAUGCCAAUAAAUUUAACGAAGCUUUAGAUGUCAGUACGAAAAAAGAAAUUAAAAAAUCAAUCGACGACUUAAAUCCUAAGUUACGCGAUAAUGUAAAUAACGUUCGUGAGUCCGUUAAAAUUGAAACUGAGCGUCUUACAGAGUUCUCGUCGAAAGAAAAAUCAGACCUUCGAGAGACAACGGAAUACAUCAGUGAGCUGUUGAAAAACCUGAAAGUGAACGUCGAUUGCAAAAUUGACGCGCACAUUAAAGACCUCAUUAGGAGGAUUCGCGAGAAAGUCCAGACUAUUUUGGAUGAGCUGAACAAAAUCAACAAAGACUUUUGGCAGUACGUGAACGAGUUGGGAACGUGGAUAAAGGAUGCCGAGCCGUUCGUGGAUGACGCGUUGAGGAAGAUUGAGAUCAUUUUGCGGCAAGUGAGUUCGGACGGCGCCGAUCAGAGGCCCAGACUUAUCAACGAGACAGCGGAAUUGAUUAGAAUGCAGGCUCAGAUAAUUCACGGUGACGUGGAAUUGGCCAGAGAAAGAAUGGAAAAGUUAGUGCCGGAGGCAACGAAAAAAGUUGAGCAGUUGACUACGUGGAAGAAUGCGGGCACGACGGCCGUUGAGAGGGCGAAACAAAAGUGUGAGCAGAUUGGUGGGAUGGUUGAGACUGAAAAUGGUACAAAAGAUAAGAUUCAUGGAAUCGCUAACGAUAUGAAAGAUAAGGCUGAGAAUCUUAGAAAGGCGGCGCAUAAGGUUAAGAGUGGUAUUGACGGUUGGGUGCAGCAGGCUACGCGGAAAAUUGGGGAGUUGGAGGAGUGGAUUAAAAAAGAGCUUUUUAAAGUAAAAAACAACAUUCAGGUAUCCAUUAAAGAUUUUGUCACUAAUCAGGUUAAGUCUGUAGUCAACGCAGCAAAGCACGUUACGGGUCCGGUGACACUUAACACAAAUGGUGACACUAGGCCCGGAAUCACGCAGCUUAUUAAUGAAGUUGGACAAACAACGCAGUUCGGAAAAUUAUUUAAACUGCUUGAACGAUCUGCAGAUGACAAAGAUAACAUUGCAUUCUCCAUUGAAUACGCCAUGUAUGCUCUCAAUAAAUUAAACAGCAAGACGUCGAUCGAAUUGGAUGACAAAAAUCCGGUUGUGAAAGCUUUGACGGACGAUCUCGUCGGCCUACUGAAUGUGCAUUUGCAUGAUGCAAUUACGAGGCGUGCAACUACAAACUCACAGACGGAGUCACAAAUUAACUUGAAUGAUACGAUGAGUGGAUACAACCGAGAAAAAGGCAAAGUAACAAUGGAGCUAACCGGUCUCAAACGUAACGUUGAAACCAAUCUAACCGCUGAAGAAAGUGUCAAACAAACGAUCGAAGAUAACAAUAGCUUCACCGGCCCCUUCACCAAAAUCGAGCAACAACUCCAAAAGAUCGCAGGGCUGGUUGACAGCGACAAACCUACGCCGGGAUUAGUUGAUCCUAAAACUGGCGUCAAAAACUACCUGGAUGAUAUCACAACCCUGCUUGGCAAAGCUCCCGUCGUACUCACCUCCGAUAUAAAAGGCGACCACAAUGGUGUCCAAGGCCUCGAGAAGAUCAAGGAAGAAAUCGACGGCGCGCUCGGAGGUAUUCAAACUAAAGUAACGGAUGCUCUACAAGGCGUCAACCAAGCAUACGCCGAUCUGCAAUCCCACUCCUAUACCAUCACUUCCAGACUCACCGAGCUGUGUUCCGCCAUCAAGUCAGCUGCCGAGCUGGAUCCUGAUAGUGCGAAAAAAAAAUUAACUGAGUUGAAGGAGAAGUAUUUCGAGGAACAAACGAAAACUAGCAAACAUGCGGACAAAAGCAUCAAAAAGAUUCGCGACCAACUGAAAGCGCUCCAAAACUUUCUGCAGAGUGGUCCCAUCACCAAGGCCGACAGCGUGAUUGCAUUCCUUUCUACUGCCGAAAAAAGCUUCAAGAAGGAACUGACGGAAGAGAUCGACAAGGACAUCAAACAGGUCACCGAGAAACUAAUCACCCAUUCGCGCAAGCAAUACGUCACGUCUCUUAUGGACUUGCUGACCACUUUCGCCGACAGAGUUUCCUCUGAGCUGGCGGAGCUGCCAACCCAAAUCGGCGCGGACCUGGAACAGGGGCACAAAAAAUUCAUGAACUUAUUUGAAACUAACAUCGUUACUGAAGUUAAGAAGAUCCUUCCUAUCAAUACCGAUCACAGAGGCAAGAAUGAGUUCCCGCUGAACAAGGCGGCAAGCAUAUUUAAACAGGGUUUAACAAGUUUCUUCAAAACUUUGAAAGAGCUACCAGACUUCAAGUCCGACUUCAACUUUAUUCGACCUCCAUACAGCACGCUGGUAAAAUUGCUUACCGGAAUCAUUAGUUCCCUUCACUUCAACGACGACUUCAUCGUGAACUUGGAUGCACUGAGAGACCAGCUGAGUAAGUUUCAUCCUGCCAAGUUCGGGGAGGGACAGAAUCAUUUCAUUCUAGAAGCGCUGAGGAAAGCGUUUUCUAAUUAUGCUGAGGAGCUGUCCAAGGCCUACAUCUCCGCCUACGACGGCGCUGGCAAUAUCAACUGGGAUCAAGAAAACAACCCGGAGACCACAUACUGCGCUAAGAUAUUCUUGACCGCUUUUUCCACAAUUCACGAUGCUGUGCAUGACUUGAGAAUAAAUUGCAAUAGUCUGAAGGGACAUCAAAUUCACUCGACCUCUGAUCUCGGCAGGUUGUUCCUACGGCACGGCUUCAGAGUAUCACACGGCGACAAACAGCACUGGGAGCUGCAGAACAAGCAGAUCAUUAACGGUGAAUACGUCCUUAAGAGAAUCAGUUUCAGGGUCGAUGGUGCGAAAGAGAACGAGCAUCUCAAGGAGUGUGAAUCGAAUGAACGAAAGACGAACUAUUUUUUUAAUCUUUUCGAUAUUCUCACCUGCCUUCUGUAUCACAUUGAGAAGUACAACGAGGUUUGCCAUAUUGGCACUUUUGAUGCAAAGAGACAGCCAUGUUCAGUAUAUGAGAUGCUGAUUUGGCUCAGCGGCCUGACUCACAACCGCGUGCAGUCCGCCAUGGUCGGACAAACGUUCCUUGAGCUACUGAAAGAUCCAGCGAAGGAGGCUAGAGAGGCGCAACAAGAAGAGGAAGUGGACGAACCUAUAGUCCUAGAAGUGGACCCAGCAUCUAUAUCCCUCGAAGCAUACCCGAAGAACAUAGAAUUUGUCAGACUUGACGCGACACUGACACGUAUAUGUUCAAAAGCGUACGAUCUUAUUUGCACAAUCGUUGGACCGGGAGACGAAUACACUACCUACGGGUGUGACUACUCCAACAAUUCGUUCAAGCUGAAGUAUCCCAGUGACCCUGCCGCUUGCUUCGACAUGCUCGUCGAUAUACUUCGCCGACUACUUCCGCAGCUCAGAUAUCUUUUUAACCGCUGUUAUGUCGAUGCCGAAAACCACGGUUGGCGCGACUGCGAAUACGGUCGAACCACACGUACGACCAAAUGGCCGUGCAAGGAGCACUCAAAGAGCAAACCAACGUGCCAGGCAACGUGUCAACCAAAUGACCAACCAAAGUGCCAACCAACUUCCCCCCUAAUGAGCUAUUUGAACGAUUGCUUGCCUGGCCACUUGCCUCAUCAAUUGAGCUCUAUUGGUUGCAAAUACGAAUGUUUGACAUGCCCUUCCACUUCGAAGUUUGGAAUGCCUUGUAUGACGCCCUUGGGAUUUAGGGCGUUCUCCGGAUCGACUAAAACGGGUCGUGAUAUAUGUGAAAUACUCCGGCAAUUUUUCGGUACUGGCCGACUCUCAUCUUUCCUUUGCCUUGUUCCUACGCCGCCGAAAACUCUACCAGAGCACUUCAACUUCGCUCUAUCGCUCGUACGAGAAUGGGAAGCUAUCGCUACACGCUGGUAUGAAAAGCCUAUCGAACAAUCGAUUGAGACAGUUUCUAUCGGUCUCUUUAGAAAUCCCCGUGAGCUGACAGAUGCACUUCGUUAUGUUUAUGGCAGCAGCCAAAAUAACCAUGGCGCUUUUCACCCAAAUCCCUCGUCGGCUGAUGUGUCAAGUUUGUCGAUGCGGAAGGUAUGUACUGGUAUAGAGGAGCACUGUGCUCCAUAUAUCGAAACUCUUUGUUCGGAUUCAUACGCUUACUUACCUUACAAGCAUUCCGACACGUACUUGUCCUGGGCUGUAUAUCUCCCAUGGACAUUCUGGCAAUUACUUAACAAUUUGUAUAACGCUUUCUGUAAUAUUAAUUGCCAAGACUGGGGCUGUCGUGAAUGUUUGAAAGGCGACAAGUGUAAACGUGGACAACAUGGUCUUUUCAAAUUGGUUGAAAAAACCAAGCAACCUCACUGCCAGUGUUCGUCUAUCGUCAGUUGCAAUGGUGUGUCUCCAACUUUGUAUCAAUAUGGAUUUAGUUUCGGUGAUGUAUCUAUGUUGAAUAACAAUAGCAGCAGGAAAACCUGUUCCGAUUUCUGCACUCAAUUAAAGAGAGUGCUUGACUGCAGUUAUUUCAAGACAUUGUUUACAAAAUGCGACGAAUUCAUCUUCACCAUCAGAGAGCCGUUUAUAUGGCUUAACGUCGCGCUCUGGUCACUAUCUCUCUUCUACCUCAUCUGCGUCAUGGUUGGCAGACUGGAUGUGCUGCACAUCCGGUCACACCUGAGGAUACCGUCAUCGCACAAGAUAACGGCGCAAUCAUUGUUGGCGGCGGCGCAAGUCGGAAGGCUUGCCAAGAUAUCGUACCUACAGCCGUAA